ACGUCACAUUCACCACAACAAGGAAGACCACCGUUUUGCACCUGAUCACCCCGUUAGAUCCAAUUAAAUUAAGUUUUAAACCACAUAAAAGAAGAAAAAAAUGGUCUGCGUUCCGUGUUUUAUCAUUCCGGUGCUGCUGUAUCUGUGGCACAAGUUCAUUCAACCGUACGUGCUGCGCUUCUGGAACCCGUGGGAGAAGAAAGACAAAGACGGAAAAGUUAUCAAGGCCGGAACGGAGUUUCCAUUCCAGUGCAAGGGAGGUGUUUGCCCCUUCCCGGUCAAGGGCAACAAGAGUAUCGACAAUCAGGAAGUGGAUAACGGAACGGAGACUUCGGCAGGUGAUGUCGGUGGAGCAACGGCAACGGCAACGGUGACCGACGGAGACACCAAAAAGAGUCUGUAAACAGAGAGGACAGCAUCGUCUUUGAAGAUAAGGGGUGACUGGAUGAGAGGAUUAGGUGGUAUCAGUGAUUGUGAUUAUAUGUAAUUAACUGCUUAAUAAAAAGGG